AUGGCCCGUUCGUGUACGGCUUUUCUUGCUGCUUUUGCCGCACUCUCUGCCUUCGUCGUUACAACGAGCGGCCAAUACCACGCCGGGUACGCCACGUCUCAACACGAGGAACCUGGCAGCAUCACGGAAAAUCAAGUUCCUUCCGAGUUCUAUCAUGGCAGUAACUUCGUGGAACUGCGCAGAAAGCACGUUCCUGUCCUGUUACACCUCGCCGUCGCCGCCGCCUCACUGGCAGUAGUGUUUGCCAUUGUACACUGCUUCAGACGGCUUUCCGGUCAUACCAGGGCGAGACGCUUCGGAUUCCUUGGGCGUAGGCUAGCAUCUGUGGGUGAAGACACUUGUGGAGAAGAAAGUCAAGCAGCAGAUGAGGAAGGCCAGCAACCCAAGGGAGCAGAACAGCAAUCCGAAGAACAGCAGCAACCCCGGGGAGCAGAUCAGCAAACUGAGGAGCACCAGCAAGCCCAGGGAGCAUAUCACCAAGCGGGGGAAGAACAGCAGCCUCAGGGAGCAGAGGGAGGAGUGCCGUCGCAGGAAGAUGUCGAGAAAGCUCUUGACGCUUAUGAAAAAGCACUGGUUGAAGCGGGAGGAUCAAGAGACAGGCUAGUGACAACAAUGGCAGAUAUGGUAUUUGGAAUGGUUUCAGGAGGUACCGCAGCACAAGAACUUCCCUCAUGGAAAAGAAUCAUUGGAGCAGCCUUUUACGGAGCCCAAAGACUGAUGGAUGUUGCUACGAGGGGAGUGGCAUUGCCACCGCCGGGAACGCCAGCACCAAUGCGAGUGGGAGAAAUGAUAGUACAAGCAUUAGCACGACCAGAACUAGUGGAAAGUUUGCGGGAUGCUGCACAAAAGCACUCGACAGCAACAAGGGCAGCAGAAAGGGCAGCGGAAGUGCUUGCGCUACGAGCAGCUGCAACAGGGAGACAUGCUGAUCUUGUACAAGCAAUGAGAGUUGCAACAGAACUCUUGGUUCUUCAGAGGGGGGAAAGGGGAACACAAAGGGCUGGGGUACCAAUUUCAAGAGGAACGCAAGCGGCUGCACAAGCUCUGCAAACAGCGGGACAAAGAGCUGGAGACUCGGCGUCGGGACGGCAUGCAACUGAUAUAGGACGAGCAGUUGCUAAAGGAGGAGCUACUUCGGAAGGGUUCGUAUCACAAGUCUCGACCAUGAUGCUUGAAGCAGCCGGCGUCUCAGGAAGGCCGAUCCCGGAGACAUCUCGACGAGUUCUGGAGACAGGAUCGAAACUGUCUGAAGAAUGGAAAGAAGAACAAACAGGAGCAUCACCAGAAAAAGAUUCCGAUGAAGAACAAGGAGAAGGAUCGGGGAGAAAAGGUUACGGAAGAAGACCGCCGUCGCCGUCGUCAGGAUCGGGAUCGUCGCCGUCGCCGGGACCGUCGAAAGUCUAA